ACUUGGGCAUCCACUUUUGGAUCAUGGGUGCACUCUCCAACCUCCUCCACCACCACUUAGCUCCUCAGCCAUGGCUCUCUCAGCCGCUCGCCUCCUCACCAUCUGCCUCUUCCUCAUUUCCCUCCAAAUCCACGCAUUCAUCGCCUCCGCUCGCAGAGCCAGAGAUGCCCAUGAGCCCUUCCGCUUGAAGAGGAGGAGUCUGCUGAACAAUGGCCUCGGCCGCACUCCACAGAUGGGAUGGAACAGCUGGAACCAUUUCUAUUGCAAGAUCAACGAGGACCUCAUUCGUCAAACGGCGGAUGCGAUGGUGUACACGGGGCUAUCCGCAGUUGGAUAUCAGUACAUAAAUUUAGAUGAUUGCUGGGCUGAGCUAAACAGAGACUCUCAGGGCAACCUAGUGCCUAAAGCCUCCACCUUCCCUUCAGGCAUCAAGGCAUUGGCAGACUAUGUUCACUCAAAGGGCCUCAAGCUUGGAAUUUACUCUGAUGCAGGGACAGAGACAUGCAGCAAGACCAUGCCUGGAUCACUUGGGUAUGAAGAUCAAGAUGCUAAGACCUUCGCUUCCUGGGGCGUAGAUUACUUAAAAUAUGAUAAUUGCAAUAAUCAAGGAGUAGAUAUCAAGCAAAGGUACAUCAAGAUGAGUGAUGCCCUUCUCCAUAGUGGGAGACCAAUAUUUUUCUCUUUAUGUGAAUGGGGACAAGAAGACCCGGCCACUUGGGCUCCUGCAAUAGGAAAUAGCUGGAGAACAACUGGGGAUAUCAGGGAUAGUUGGGACAGUAUCACCUCUCUGGCCGAUCAAAAUAAUAAGUGGGCAGCAUAUGCUAAGCCGGGUGCAUGGAAUGACCCGGACAUGCUAGAAGUGGGCAAUGGCGGAAUGACAUUGGAGGAGUACAGAUCACACUUCAGCAUCUGGGCUCUGAUGAAGGCUCCAUUGUUGAUAGGAUGUGAUCUUCGGUCCAUGAGCAAUGAAACACUGGGACUCCUAAACAACAAGGAGGUAAUCGCCAUUAAUCAAGACAAGCUUGGAGUACAAGGGAAGAAAGUGAAGCAAUAUGGCGAUCUAGAGGUAUGGGCAGGCCCUUUAAGACAAGGGAGAGUGGCGGUCGUGCUGUGGAACAGGGGCUCCUCCCAAUCUUCAAUCACUGCAAAGUGGGAGGACAUUGGGCUGAACUCUACGGCUGUGGUUGAUGUGCGUGAUGUAUGGAUGCAUCAAACCACAUCAUCUGUGAGCGGAGAAUUGUCUGCCACCGUAGGUUCUCACGCCUGCAAGAUGUAUGUGCUCAUUCCUCACUAAAGAAGAAGAGAUGAAUAGAGAAGCACCAACAAAUAACGAGAAGUCUGCCCAUCUUGGGCAGUAAAAGAGCAGGAACAAGACAAAAUCUAAAUGUACUCAGGGUUAUUUCCAAUCAUGUUAAUGGAAGAAAAAAAAGGUUGCCAGUUUCCUUAUUUUUUAAUUCAAAUCUACGCAAUGUUCAAAUUGAGGGCA